AUGAUCAUCGCCUCACCCCAGCGAUUCCCCAACUCAGCCGUCAGGACUGAAGCAGCCACCUUCCUUAGAUAUCCCGGCCAGGCCGGUCUUUGCAAUCUCGGCGCAUUCGUUCGCCAGCAGGCUUCUCUUUCACUAUAUACAACCGUUCCACCAAGCGGGAGAUUCGAAUCGUCCACUGUACUCGACCUCCGGGCGCCGAUAGAGCCUUCGGGCCACCACGUUGUCACUCCGAUGUACCACCUGCGCCGUCUCACGAUUGCCGGGCUUGCAGUCGCAUCCCUCGUCUUCCUCCUGUGGCUGCUGCCAAGAGUGCUGAACCCGACGCCCCCAAACAAAGAACAGCGCGAGGCCAACGCUCGCUGGGUCAACACAUCACCAUACUGGCUAGACCGCCAGGCUUGCCGCUGGCUAGGCUUGUGCGGUGUGCUACACGUCAGGUCGGACCCGGCGGCACGGACGGAUGAGCACGAUGGCCGUGACCCAGGCGACCUCAGAAGACUGGAGUUGCGGUCCUUCGAAGACUUGCUGAGCACCGGCAAGGCGUCGCGGGGCGAUGGCAGUUUUGGAAAGGCCUCGAUACGAGUGGAACAUGACGGGGAUGGGCUUAAAGAGAUACCCGACUACGUUUUGAAGUAUGCGCCGCUGGUGCAUCUGUAUUCGGGCGAGAACUUCUGGCCGUCUGACAUUGCGGAUCAUGUCACGCACAUGGCGCCGUACGUUGAUGACGCGCAGAUAAACAUAUCGGAUCCGUUGAGUUUGCGGGGCCUGCACGGACUGGACUCUGAAGACGGGUUUGUCUAUUUGAAGAGCGAAGACGACGUUGAAUCACGCCCAGACUGGCUACACAGCCAUGCCAAUAUACCCAUUCCGUUCGAUGAUGAUGACGAUGAUGAAGAGAAGGAGCGCCAGCAUACACCCGCACCAGAGAAUGAGGGGCCCCCUCGGCACGGCGAUAGCACAACAUGGUAUGAGGUUGACAAGGACCACCCAUUGCGCAGAAUAUCGGAUCCACGAAAGCGGCCCGAACGGUACCCUCCACCAAGAGGCUCACGGGGUCCUCAAGCAAGACGCUCGCUUGAAGACCAAAAACCUUUGGUUUCUACCCCCCAGCACAAACCUGAUGAGUCUGGGUACUCAAAGGCGCCGGCCACUCUCGUCCUGGUCGACAAAGGUUCCGGGAUCGUCGACGCAUUCUGGUUCUUCUUUUACGCGUAUAACCUGGGCCAGACUGUGCUUGGCAUCCGCUUCGGAAACCAUGUCGGCGACUGGGAGCACUGCAUGGUUCGCUUCGAGUCGGGCAUUCCGCGUGCCAUGUUUUUCAGCGAGCAUGAGGGUGGCCAAGCAUAUGCCUGGCAGGCUGUUGAGAAGCGUGGGAAUACGACGGAAACACAGCGGCCCGUCAUCUACAGCGCCGUGGGCAGCCACGCCAUGUAUGCUACGCCGGGCGACCACCCAUACGUCUUGCCCUUCAAGAUGCUGAAGGACGUGACAGAUCGGGGGCCGCUGUGGGACCCGGCCCAGAACUUUAGGGGUUACUGGUAUGAUUACACAGAGACCAAGGACGCCGAGGGCCUGGAACCCGUCCGCGAGAACGCCGACGCGCCGACGGACUGGUUCCACUACGAGGGCCCCUGGGGCGACAAGUUGUACGGCCUAAACGAUGCGCGGCAGUGGAGGCUGUUCGGGCAGUAUCACUACGUCACGGGGCCCCAGGGACCCAAGUUCAAGAAGCUGGGCCGCGAGAGGGUCUGCCAGAACUGGCGGUGUCGCAUCCUGUACAGCAUCGAGGAGGGCAGGAAGCGCAGCUGGAACUCGUGA